AAUUGCGGCACGCGGCGCCCUCGGCUCCCGAGCCCCCUCCUAGCGCCCCAGGCCCGCCCUGAGCGCAGUGGGCGUCGGGGUCAGCGCGUGGGUCGGAGUUCCCGCCGCUAGGCCUCUGGAGUCCGCCGGGCGCAGGGCGCUGGGAGGCGGGCCGGGGAGGCGGGGCGGGCCGGGCCGGGGGGCGGAGCGGUGGCCGCAGUCCUGAGCCCACCCCCGCCCGCCUGCCCGCCCUCGGCCCGUCCUCCGCCGGCCGGCUGGCGCGGCCAUGGAGGUCUACAUCCCUUCCUUUCGCUACGAGGAGAGUGACCUGGAGCGGGGAUACACGGUGUUUAAGAUAGAAGUGCUAAUGAACGGAAGAAAACAUUUUGUUGAAAAAAGGUACAGCGAGUUUCAUGCCUUGCACAAAAAGCUUAAGAAAUCUAUAAAAACUCCAGAAAUUCCUUCUAAACAUGUUAGAAACUGGGUCCCAAAAGUCCUGGAACAACGACGACAAGGUUUGGAAACAUAUUUACAGGCUGUCAUUUUAGAAAAUGAAGAACUUCCCAAACUGUUUCUUGAUUUCCUAAACGUGCGACACUUGCCCUCUCUGCCAAAGACAGAAAGUUGUGGAUCUUUUGAUGAGACAGAAUCUGAAGAAUCAAGACUGUCCCACCAGCCGGUGCUCCUGUUCCUCAGGGAUCCAUACGUCUUGCCUGCAGCCAGCGAUUUUCCAAAUGUGGUUAUUGAAGGAGUCCUCCAUGGGAUAUUUUACUCUCAACUGCAGCCCAGGUAGAAAUCCUACAUGGCUGAAAGAAGCUGAAGCAAGUUUCGAGGUUGUAGUCAAGAAAAUCGAUACCUACCAAAUUAAUCUAAACUCUAUGACAUAACAGCUCUAGCUAGUGGUAAAAUGCCCAAUCCGAGCUUAAUUCAGGGCAGGGAUGUUUCCAUUAGAAUGGUGCUUUUAAAAAUAGAAAUGGAACCAGGGCAAUGGUCAGGUUAAGCCCAAGUGUUUAAGAAGUAGAAUGUAGCUGCCAACUUAGAAACCCAGGAAAAGGAGGCUCCAAAGUUCCCUGGGAGCACUGCGUGUAACAAAACGAAGUUACUCUCUGCUUCAGUAGCACCAUUUGCUAAUUGAAAAUCAUAUCCUGAAUCCUACUAAGACUGAUCAACUGUGGUAGCUUUUUUGUUCACGUUUUAUCACACACUAAUCUUUUCACAGGGAACUUUUCUCUGUUACUGAUAGAUACAUUCUGAAGUGCUGGCACCAGGAAAGUAUCACGGAAACACACUGUGCUAAAUGUGAGGAAGUGACUGAACUGGAAUUUAAUUGUACUGACAAUAUCAUGGCUUUUAAAAAAAAAAAAAAAUCAUGGCAUUUUUAUUUACAUUACAGUGGAGUUGCAU